AUGUCCACUCCAUUGUCUCAUGCCGACAUCGUGUUUCUUGCGCAGUCGUUCCUCCGCCUGUCUCCUACUGGCCUCGUCACUGAUUGCAUCACUUGCGGUGGUGCAGUUUCGCUGUCAAUUUGUCGGUCCGAUAAGCAUGGGAAUGGCGGAAAACCCAUGGCAAUGCAUCGAUCGUGCUCUUUCUACCGUUGGUAUCCACAACUACUUGCCUUCCCGCACAUCAUGACAUUAAUUCCCAUGUCAACCACAUCACCGAGUCCCCCCAACUCUCAACCAAUCUCGCAACCUAUUGCCUCCUCUAGCAGUACUACCCUCGCUAUGCUGCCACCCUCCUUGACGCAGCCCUCGGCCUCCUCUAGCAGUACUACCCUCGCUAUGCUGCCACCCUCCUUGACGCAGCCCUCGAGCAAGCGACAACGCAAGCGGGGUGAGCGGUGUCUAGGUUCUUUCUGCCGUCGCCCGCGUGCCUUGCACUGCAGCCGUAACUUGUGCUCAAGGCAUUGUCGCGAGGCUGGCGGAUGUCAUUUCCAUGGAUUUCUCGACGGCCUGACUAUGCAUGGAGAUGAUGAGGAUCUGCACGACAAGGAUCUGCAUGAUGAGUUUUUGACUGAGGAGGUUGAGGAUGGUAGCUUUGGCCGUGAGGAGCUCCGUCAAGCAUUGAAGGCCUCCCUUGACGACUUUGGCCUUCCGAUCCCAGGUGCACCAGUCCCUUCUAUGCAUGACCUACUGUCUGCACCGCCUGCUCCUAUCCCCCCAAGCAUGCCUUUUGAGGCUGAUUCGCCUCCUCCUCCUGUGCUACCUAUGGCAAAGCAUCCGCGAAUCACCCAACAGAUGGACCCUAUAUGGGCGACUGAUCUCCGUGCCCGGGCCCGGCAGGAGGCAGAUGAUAAGCGGGUUGAGGAGCGCCGCAAGGAGAUGGAACGAGAAGCGAAGCAGCACUUCGUGUUGCAUUGGUUUGAUUCUGAUGAUGCCGCUGUCAGGGUUGAAUGGGUGUCCAAGUGUCCUUACUAUCCUCAAUGGCAGCUUGCCGAUGAUCCCGAGCUUGUUGCCUCCUUGGGCACAGAUAUCCAGAAGAUCGAAGUGUACGAUGCACACUUGCAACGCUGGAUUCCCACUGCCCUCACGCAUACCAUCUCCCUCGAGUCUGGCUGUCAUAUCUUCCUCCGACGUUAUGGUGUCACGCAGUGCGACCGCUUCCAGGAGCUGUUGAUGGCGUCCAAAUACGUCUCACGCCCUCGUCACCUUCGGCUCAAUAUGAGAGGUGAGCGUGACGUUGUGCGAACCAAGCUCAAGGCCAAGCGGGAGCAGGCACCACUCCUAGAUCCCGAGGCCGAGAUCAUCGAAAUAAUGUCCUCCCCCCCUGUCAGCAAAGUCAAGCGCGAACGGGAGGAGAGUAGCGAGCUUGCUUUGACUCCUGUGCGUCCACGACUCACUGCCGAGGACUUCAACAGCCGUUAUGCAACAUCUAUGUCGCCCACUCCCUCUCCACUCCUCUUCCGCAGUCGCAGCAUCAUCUCUCCCUCAUCCAGUCCCCCUCGUGACACGAUCUCUAUGUCAUUUUCAUCGUCAGCAUCUUCUGUGAUUUCACUCACGUCCUCGCAUCACUCGACUGCCCCGGUGAAGGUGCGCACACACCAACGAGCAAUCUCCACUAAGGAACCUGCCAUCACUGCCAUUCCCGUACCCGACUAUGAUCCUGCAAAGUUAUGGCAGGUGUGGCCCCACGGCAUGUACACCAUUGAUAUGGUGGCCGGCUUUCAGCAGAUGGAUGACAAGCGCCUGCGAGCGAUGUACCGUCAGCAUGAGUUGUUCCCUCUCAUAUUUGGCGUCCCCUUCGUCAAAGCCACCUAUCACCACAAUCACAAGGUGUGGCGAGUGACCGAUCACACGGUCCUUGCUGAGCAUGAGGCCGCGGGUCAUUCAUCCUCGGGUCUAUGGUCACACUACCUUGACGCUCGUCGCAAGGCACUUGGGCAGCAGAGCAAGAAGAGCCAGAGGCCUAGCAAGGCCAAGUAG